AUGCCUCCCAAGCGCAAAAUCUCUUCAACGAUCACUGCAGCACGAAAGCGUGCUCGCAUCGACACCGACCAGUUAUGGACUCCUACAGACAAGUACCUGGAAUCCAAAGUUAUACCAGCGGAAUGGACGGCACGAAAUCGCGCCCAUCGUUACUUCAAGUGUGCACCAGAGGAUCUCUUACCAGAAGACACAUACAUCGAUACCAGUGGCAAUGGCACCACCACGUGGGACGAUAUGAGGAUCCCAAAUACAAACUGGACCGCGUCGUUGGCCACGGCCUUCAGUGCCACCCUCUCCUGCACCACCUUUCACCGGCAACCAGAACUCCUUCGCCUGGCAAUUCAACGAGCCAUGUAUCUUCGACUUGGCAAGGAGAAGAUCCGCAGACCAGAUCGGGCAAACCUUCGUCAAUUCCAACAUUACAAGUUUGUCCACCAUCUCAUCGAUGUGAUCUACAACAAGAGCAAGCCGCGAGGCGGGUUCGUACCAGAUGGUGUUGGACUUGUUGCCAGGGACCUCGACUGCAUUAACGAGGCAUGGGAUGAAUAUGUCAAGAGUUCAUCCGACCAGUCUCUUCGCACCAUCAAGGCAUAUCAAAAGCAAGCCUCUCUCAGCAAGAGCAAGGCCGACCUUCCCAAGAAGUCCGAGCUGAGGGACGAGAGGAAGGAGCUGGUAUUGAGACACAGAGAACUGGAGAGCAGAUACAGAGCUCGCCAAGACCAGGAUCUGAGUGAGGAGGAUACCAGUAGUGAUGAGUCGAGUGAGGAGGAGGAAGAACAAGAGGUGGAAGCACAAGAGGAAUCAGAGGAUGAUCCAUUUAGGGAUGAUGAAUCAUUCGGUGGCUUCCCCGACUCACCUGCACCAUCUCCUGAGCCACAACCUCAACCAGUCGAUGUCCCCGAAAUGGAAGUGUGGCCACAGACACCAUUAGAGCCACUUCCCGUCGACGAACCAUCUGUGUUCUAUAUCGAACACAGGAGACAUACCUCUCGACCAGAUCUAAAUCUUCGUCUUGAGGACAAGGAGAAUUUUGACAUGGACGAGGACCAGGAAUAUGUCAGAGGCGCUUCUCCAAUAGGGAGAGAGUCUUGGGUGGAAUCGGGGCUGAUUCUCCCAAGAGAUUUGGAGAGAUGGCAUAGCCAUCGAUAG